AAAAGUGAAAGCCAACGCCCCGCUGUCAGCUCCUCCGUCUCUGGGUCCUCCCUCCUGCUCACUGACGCAGACAGAAAGCGGAGUUUCUGCAGAGCUCUCUGUGGUUGAGUCUGUGCUCCAGCACCGAGUUUAACUUCUCUUCGCUGAGACUUUUCAUCGGAGGAGUCGAUUCAUCCAACCGUUAGUCCAGCAGCACCGCAGAUACGGGGACUUUCUGUACUUCUGCGAUCGAGACCAGUUCGUUCAUUCAACGGCUUUUCGACGCUGCAGCUCUGAAACUAACCUACUGUCUGUAUAAUAAGUUAGUUAUUACAGAAUGGCUGAUACUACCGCGUCUGGUCCCAACUGUGUGGAGAGGCUGAAAAGUUAUGUGAAGACUCCCAAAGGUUCUAUCCUCGCUGCUGAAAUUCUCAUCAGCUUCAUCAUCAUCAUCUGCUAUGCUGCCUCUCGCUAUGGAGGUUACUCUGCUGUGGCCAUCUGCGAGAUGAUCUUUGCCAUUGUCUUCUUCGGCAUCUUCAUGAUGGAGAUGGACAAACAGAUCAAAGUGGUCAACUGGGUCUGGACUGAUCUUUUCCGUGCUGGAAUCGGCGCGGUGCUCUACAUCAUCACGUCUCUGAUCUGCGUGAUUAGAGGAGCUGGGGAUGGCGCUCUUAUUGCAGGCGGGGUGUUUGGUCUAAUUGCUGGCCUGUUGUUUGCUUAUGACACCUAUACCAUCUACCUGCAAAUCAAGAGCACCAGGCAGCACACAGCAGCCUCCACUGAUGACAGAGUUUAAACACUCCAAGACUUGUGUGAAGAUCACAUCAGAAGUGAAAUUCUCCAGAAGUUAAGAGAGGACGAUGGACUUAGUGUAAUGAACAGGUCACAGAUUAAUCAAUGGCACUGUUUGGUGGGAACAGAUAAGAGAUUUUUUUUAUUGUAAAGGGUGACGUAGUGAGAGUGAGUGGUACUGUACACCUGUGCCUUCUACAUGAGGAAUUCCCCUCGUAAAACUUGACUCCAAACCUCAACGUACCACUGAUUCAGAAAGGGAAAACUGUAAAUACUAAAGGCAAAGGUUGAUAUCAUCAAGCAGCUUGUCUAAUACACGUCUACUGUUAAUGGACUGCUGUAGUAAGUAGUUACUGUGUCAUAUGGACUUCAGACAUAACUGACACAUGAAUGGGUGCUUUACCGAUUGUUUAACAUUAGAUUUUGCAUUUCUAGUGUUUUUUUCCAGUCUUUUUUAGCUGGCCAAACAUUUCCUUCUCUGUUAUUUAAUGAAUUCUCUUAGGAAUGUGCUCACUGUUUGUUAGAGUGCCUUCAUGUUGCAUUGAAAUUAAUUAGUCAUUUAUCUUUGAGUUGGCAAAUACUAUGAACUAGCUAUAAAGUGCCUUUUUUACCAGUCAGAGUUUAUUCUGUAUUGUACUAUUAGCCAGUGGCACUUGUCCGUUACUUUAAUUUAAUCCCCAGGUUUGUACCCUAAUUUCUGGCUCAGGUUGAUUUUGCCCCCUUUUUUAUGCUGUUAACACAUUUAUGAUGCAACACAAGAUUUUAUACAGUGCUACAUUUUUUUUAAAUACAUGUUAAUGAAGAACAGAAUUGCAGUUUUAAUACAUCCUGUUACUCUGUCUCCUAGCCUUUUGUGGUUAUGUGUCCAAUGAAUUUGACCUUACUAUGAGUUUUUCUUAACAUGCUUUACAAGAGUCUGUAACUUCAGAAUUCAAAGCAACCCUGCUUUUGGAAAUAAAAGCCAUUUUUAUGACCAAAAAAGACUGUUUUAUAG